AUGGAAGACAAGGUGGAAUUUGCAUUGUCACUCGUCUCAGAAGAUGGAGAUUCCUUCGCCAAGAGGGCUGAAAUGUACUAUAAAAACAGACCAGAGCUGAUAAACUUCAUUGAAGAAGCUUUUCGUUGUUUUCGUGCUAUGGCUGAAAGAUACGACAGCUUAUCAACAGACUUGCAAAAGGCCAAUACCACAAUUGCUACCUGCUUGCCAGAACAAAUACAGUUUGCAAUGGAUGACGACGACGACUUUUUGGCUUCCAAGCAUCCAAAGUUUAGCUCAGGGCCAGCCGCGGAUCCAUCAAAAGUCCCAAAAGCUCCUGCUCGGCCUAUGAAGGGUAUGAUGCACGCCGCCACAAAGAAACUGGAACCAAAGAAGUCAUCUAUCCCUCCAAGGAGGAUUAAACCUAAAUCUGGUUUGAGCAAAGCCGAAGCAGUUGAGGAGAUCGACAAGCUUCAAAAAGAUAUUCUUUCAUUGCAAACAAUGAAGGAGUAUGUAAAGAGCUCAUAUGAAAGUGGGAUAUCCAAGUUUUUUGCACUUGAGAAUGAUAUCAUGGAGAAACAAGAUAAGGUUAGCAGGUUGCAAGAUGAGUUUGGUGUCAGCACGAUGAUUGAUGACAAUGAUGCUCGGACUUUGAUGGCAGAAGCAGCCAUUAAGUCAUGCAAGGAGACAUUGGCUGACCUGCAAAAUAAGCAAGAGAAUUCCGCUGAAAAAGCAGAAGUAGAGAACAAAAAAAUAGAGGAUGUUUGUCAAAGACUUGAGUCAAUCAAAUACGAGCUCUUACCUGAUCAGACAGAUAAUGUUCAAAGAGUAGAUCAAAAUUCUAAUCAUGGAGCAGAAGAGUUUCAAAGCCUAAAACAAGAGAUGAUUGGCCCGGAAAGAAAGAAACUGGAGGCACUACGUGAGAAGAUCAAAGAACAUAAAGAAGGUUCUGGUGGGCCUCUAACGGUGUCUGAACUAGCAGAUAAGAUUGACGAUCUUGUGAAUUUAGUAAUCAGCCUGGAAAGUGCAGUUUUAUCACAGAAUGUUUUGAUUGAAAGAUUAAGAACAGAAGCUGAUGACCUUCAAUCACAAAUCCGAAGAUUGGAAGAAAACAAAGGUGGUCUGAUGGAAACACAUGAAUUGCAAAGCAGGGUAAAGGAAUUGGAGGAAAAACUGUAUUUAGUUCAGAAUAUAUACAUGAAUAUCACAACUCAAAACAAUGACAUCAAAGAUCAAUUUGCUGAAGCUCAUUCAAGUCUUAAUGAUCUAUCAGAGAAACUUCCGAGUGUUGAACCAGAUGAAGAGUUGGAGGAGACGGAUUUGCUAGAAGAAGAAGAGCAUGGCUUAAUAGAAAAAAGACCAGAAAAAGCAUUGAUAGAACAAGACAAAGGAAAAAGUGGUGAUGAAGCAUUGCUAGAACAUGACAAAGGAAAAGGUGGUGGUAAAGCAUUGCUAGAACAAGGCAAAGGAGAAGGUGGUGGUACAGCAUUGAUAAAACAAGACAAGGAAGAAGGUGGUGGUCAAGCAUUGAUAGAACAAGACAAGGGCAAAGAUGGUGGUGAAGCAUUGAUAGAACAAGACAAGAAAGAAGGUGGUGGUCAAGCAUUGAUAGAACAAGACAAGGGAGAAGGUGGUGGUAAAGCAUUGAUUGAACAAGACAAAGGAGAAGGUGGUGGUCAAGCAUUACUUGAACGGGACAAGGGAGAAGGUGGUGGUGAAGCAUUGAUAGAACAAAAUAAAGGAAAAGGUGGUGUUGAAGUAUUGGUAGAACUAGAUAAAGGAGAACCUGAUGCUAAAUUACUAGUAGAACAAGAUAAAGGAGAAAGUGGUGGUGAAACACUAGUAGAACAAGAUAUAGAAAAAGGUGGUGGUGAAGCAUUGAUAGAACAAGACAAGGGAAAAGGUGGUGGUGAAGCAUUGAUAGAACAAAACAAGGGAGAAGGUGGCGGUGAAGCAUUGAUAGAACAAGACAAUAGGGAAGGCGGCGGUGAAGCAUUGAUAGAACAAGACAACGGAGAAGGUGGAGGUGAAGCAUUGAUAGAACAAAAUAAAGGAAAAGGUGGUAUUGAAGUAUUGGUAGAACUAGAUAAAGGAGAACAUGAUGGUAAAGCACUGGUAGAACAAGAUAAAGGAGAAAGUGGUGGUGAAACAUCAGUAAAACUAGAUAAAGGAAAAGGUGGUGAAGCAUUGAUAGAACAAGAUAAAGGAGAAGGAGGUGGUGGUGACAAUAAACUGAAAUCCAACCCUCCACGAGAUGAAGAAAAAUCUGAUAAAAUUGACGAGAAUUUGAAUGCAUCAUCAAGAAAUUCCAACAAUUUAAGUGGCGGAAAAGAAGUGGCCACACUACAAAACGAAAAGGAUAAUGGUAAUACUGUACUAAAUUCCGAUAACUCAGGAACAGAAAAAAGAGAACAUAUACCUAAAACAAGUAUCAGUGUAUUGCUGGAUGUAAAUCUGAAUGCCGAAGGUACUGAAGUUGAUGUAAAAUCACAAGCGAUCCGGGGAGACGUGUCCGUUCUGAUAGAGAAGUUUGAAGAUGAGCUGAACUGGCAGCAGAUGCUCUUGCACGGAGUGGAAGACAAAGAAAGGAUUUUAUUGGCGGAAUAUGUAGCAAUUCUCAGGAACUAUAAAGAAGUGAAGAAGAAGCUGAGUGACGAGGAGAAGAAAAACGAAACUCUGUUUGAAACAAUGUUGCAGUUAAGGAAUACCAAAAGUGCUCUUCUGAAAAAGGACCAAGAGAUUCAAUUUCUUCGUCACAAACUCAACCUUCUAAAACAAGACUCUUGUGACAUUCCUGGAGCUAAGGACUCGACAGAGGAUGAAAGUUUUGGAAUGCAUCCAACAGAGGAAGACAAAGAAGAAAUCAAGUUGUUAAUCAAUCAGCCUAAGACUCUUUCACCAAUCGAGGAAAAGCUGAGGGGCCAGAUCGAUGCAGUACUGGAAGAAAACCUGGAAUUCUGGUUAAGAUUCAGCAAUUCAUUCCAUCAAGUAGAGAAAUUCAAAACAGAGGUCCAUGAUUUACAGGAUGAGAUAGUGCAAGCCAAGAAGAAAAAUGAAUUGAGGCAAGACGGGAAAUCACAAGGAUCGAUUUCAGCAGACCUUAAAGCCGAGAUUCGUGCCAUAUACAAGCACCUGAGUGAGAAAAAGACUGAAGUUGGAGUGUGGUUAGAACAAAGUGAAUUGCUAAAAGAGGAAGUGCAGCACAGAAUUACGUCUAUAUGUGAAAUUCAAGAAGCCAUAACAAAUGGCUUGAAGGAAGGCGUUGAGAGCGACGAGAUAACCUUCAGUAGUCAUCAGGCUGCAAAGUUCCACGGAGAGAUUCUCAACAUGAAACAAGAGAAUAACAAGGUGAAUGAGGAGUUGCUAGCAGGUAUCGAUCACAUAACGGCUCUGAAGAUCGAAAUCGAGAAGACCCUGGUGAAGAUAAAUGCAGAGUUCAAACUUACAGAAAGAAAACCAUCAUCAUCAACAUCAUCUUCGAGGAGUUACAGCAUUUCUAAGAUACCCUUGCGUUCAUUUCUUUUUGGAAUUAAAGCGAGGAAGCAUAAACAUUCUAUUUUUUCCUACAGGCAUUACAGUCGCUCCACCAAAUAA